AUAAUAUUUUGAAAACAAACCAUUUGGCCUCAGCACACCUCAAUGCACAAUGCCACCACCACACCAGACAGCCGACGUAACCUUUUGGUUAAACGAACUGCGGGGCCUUCUCGCAUCGGGGGAAUGGAAGAACCUAGAACGUCCCGUCGAGAUUCUCAGACAUGUAGACGGAGGGCAUCCCGACCACGCCCGCGCCAUAGCAGCGGGCGAAACCCCGAACAUAUCAUACGUCGCCGACCCGUUUCAGAGCCCGGACUUUCACGCAUUCUUCUCGGCGGUGGACCCGGCGCGAUUGUCGUGGGAUUCCAUUCACCGGUAUUUGGAGGGAGAUCACGGGGCUUUUCGUGCGAGCGAUGACAAAAGUGUGCAGGUCCCGGAGCAUGUACUGCUUGUGCUCGUCUAUCUGGCCGUGUACGGAACGCAAACGAGGGAUGCGACACGGGAGGAGCCUGAAGGGCUGAGAAGACUUAGGACGUUCGUGCAGAGCAAGACGUUGAAACUCGUCUCGGCGUCUCCACAAUUCUGGUCGAGUGCGUUCAGCGAGCGGAAUUUGAGGCUGUAUUCUAUCGUCGAGGGAGGCGGCAGCGCAAGCAACGUACAGCUCAACGAGGUGCUCGAGGCCAUACGACUACGACAUGUCUUUACCCUACCAGUAUUGGGCGCGGCGGAGGCGGUUCCGCAACCUGCUGAUCUGGACAUCGCAAGACUGGGUGCGAUCCUAUCCUGCAGUUUAUUCUCGGUGGUCGAGUUUGCUGGCCGUAGUGAAUUCGUUACGAUGGAGAACAUCAACCUGCUGGCGCGGUUCCAGCAUUACCUGCCAAAGUCCUGGUUCGUUGCAGACUUCCUGGACGCCCUUCUGAAAGAAGCUCUUCGAUUGGAAGUUUCUGUGGAUCCAGAGGCUAUUACACGUCUGACGGCCAUCAUGAGCCUUCUGGCUGUAUGGAUGCGCAAAUCAGACGUCGCGGAAAACACAACGCUGCAGUUCACGACCACCGAGCUAGCAGCAAGACUCGGAUUGCGGUCCCUCAGCGUAUCCCAGAAGCGCGACCUCCUCCUCCAGAGCUUACACACCCUCUGCCACGCAUUCGGCAAAGUCGACCUGGAUCGAGACGUUGUCGCCAUGGAGGCGAUAUGCCAGGGCCUUUCCGCUUUCUGGCAGUUCAGUGCAUCCCAGCAGGAUGGGCUUUAUAUCGCGCUCGUACAGCUACUCAAGGCGUCGCCACCCACGUCGCUCGGGGCUGUAGUUCGGGCUCUUUUGUCGGCUGCUGCGCCGGCGCCUGAUUCUGGCACAUUUUUCAAUGUCAUCAAGGCGAUGCAGUUCUUUCAGCAUGUGACGGGAUCGUUUUGUGAGGAUGUGAGCAGUGCUAAACCCGCGACGAGGACAUGGAGAUCGUUUCUUUUGCGCACGCCGGCUGAGCCCAGCGAGCCUGCUUUAUGCCUCUUUCAGCUGUUUGAGUGCGUAAAGCAAGCGCAUGCGGAUGCAACGGAUAUAUGGGGAAAGACGGUCGCGCUGGCUGCCCUCGCUGGCCUGACUCGGGGUCUCGAAGACUCGUUAGGCAACGGUGAAAACGUUGCGAAGGAUGUGCUCGAACUGAGCGCACGGGCCCGCUCGGCUCUGCUAUCAGCAGUGUUGGACACUCCGGGCUCCUUAAACAAUCUGGAAGAACCCCGCUUACUCGAAUGCUGCCAGCAGGUCAUAACAUACACAAGCGCCGAUACCCUCGACAUCUGGCAACCCAACCUCACAGCCCACCUACUUAACACAAGCGGGAGCCCCUUACUCACCACCCUCCUAGACACAGUCUUCAUCCACCCCCAGGGCCUCUCCAUCGACCACUCCCUCGUCGCCGAAGCCUACUCCACACCACACCAUGAAACCCCCCCACCCAUCAUCGCGCAGCUCACGACCAAAACCACAAAAGAGACGCAGCACCCCAUCACCGCCUCCCUCGGCCGGAUCUCCCGCGUCAUCGGCACCCUGUGCGGCGCCAUGUGGGUAAGCGGGCAACUUGAGGGUGUGUAUGACGCAGUGCGUAGGAUGGAGGGGUUUGCGGGCGAGAUGUACGCGGAGUGGGAGGCGGUUGGGGUGAAGGAGAUGCCGGAGGACCGGGAGCUGUGGGUAUAUUUGAAAAGCGUGCUGUUUGUGGUUAGUGUUGUGGGGUGGCGGGUGACGGAGAGGAUGUUUGAUGCGCCAUCGCUGCGUGUCGCGGCCAGCGAGGAUGAGGGUGUUGAUUACCAGUUGGAGAUUGUCAAGCAGCUUCUACGCACGUUUGCGCAUUUGCAUUUUGUCACGGCGAGGUUCGGAUUGGGGGGUUUUGCGACGUGGGAGGAGACGGUGGAUGGGCUUUUGCAGUGGGUUGAGGACCGCGAGGGUGGGGAUGCGCGGCGUGGGCGCAGUAUGCGUGAUAAGAGUGUGUUUGAAGAGAUUUUGGAGGAGCUGCAGCCAACUUAUCGGGGGAUAUAUGUGCAUCCGAACACAAUCCUCAAAACCCGCCUCCUCUUCACCCUCACCCUCGCCCUGCGCCACUUCCACGCCCUCUCCGCGCCGUACAUCUCCACCCACCUCCUCCCGCGUCUGUACCCCUACCUCUUCUACAAUUACCCCACCACAACCGCCAAACCCACGCUAGAAGACCAAGACCUCUUCGAGACCUCCCACGCGUUGUGCGCGCAGCUGUUUGCGAACGCCGGGAGACGAGGGAUGAGGGGUUUGGUGUGUGCGUUUGCGGAGUGGUAUGUUAAGGGCAUGGUCAGCUCGUUUCCGGAGACGGUGGAUUGGGAUUUGUGUAGGAGGGGUGUGGCGGGGGUUUUGAGAGGGUUGGCGGGGGUCGGUACGGGGCCCGCUGGGAGUGGGGAUAGGCGUGGGGGGGAAGAGGAGGAGGAUGGUGAGGGGAGACCGAGGAGGGUUGUGCCGGGUCGCGGUGGGAUGGACGCCGGGAGUGGAUUGGAAGUGGAUGAGGAGGCCUCGGCGCGGAGGAAGGAUCGCGUGGCGAAUGCUCUUCACGCACACGAUGAAGAGCAGCAGUAUGAUGGUUAUGAAGAUGGUUAUGAUGGCAAGACGACUCUGGCGGUGCAGGAGGAAGCCGACCGGAUUGCGUGGACGUGCAUCGGGAUAUUAUUGGAGAGGAUAUCCCGCCUAUCCCACGAGUCCGAGGCCGACGUGAGCAAAAAGCAGCGAUCGGCAACGACAUCAUUCACCGCCCCCCGCCUGCACGACAUCCUCACCGCAUCCCCACACACCGCGCGGAUAAUGCACCGCGACCAGCUGGCUAUGGUAUUGUUCGACCAGAUCAACACGGUCGCGUUGACCGGGCUGGAGCCUUUGCUUGCUACCAUCCGGUAUCUCUUACUCGGCAGCGCCGGGUCACAAACCGAUGUGGCGUGGCUGUGGCUUUCACCCCUCCUGCACCCCUCCGACCACGAUCAUGCAACACACGCCGACGACGACGACGGAAUAGAUCACAAACCGCCACCCCUCCUCGCCGCACCGACCCGCCACAACCCAGACACAUCCCCGCUGUACAAACACCUCUUUGACGCCGUCGCGGCGCCGAACCGCGGGUUUGACUAUGCGAGGCGGGAGAGGUGUGUGAGGUGGUAUUUGGAGGUUUUGGAGGGGGCAAGGAGGGUUUGGAGGGAGGCGGGGCAUGGUGGCGGUGCGGUGAAGAGCGAGGUGGAAAGCGAGAGCUUGCAACUUCGUGCAAAGUUGUAGGUUUUUCAGUGCGAAUCAGGGACGCGAGGGUCAAGGUCAUUUUUUGGAGAGUUUUCGUAUAGUUCAGAUGGUAGAACAAUCGCUGCGAGUGGCGUAGGGUUUUUUUUUGUAAUGAGAGCCAUUAUCGUCGUCACCAUACCGGUGAAGGUCCCAAUGGAAGUGUUUAAUAAAUUAAG